CGUAACUUACCUUAGCUACCAUAGGUAGGUCCGGAUUGCUCUCAGCGCCAUAUUGACAUCCCUCAAUCAAUUCAUCAUACAUCACGGCUGCUUUCAGCAAGAUGCUCUUUGUUCCGACGAUGGGUGCUGCAACGUCCCUACAAUGUAUCGGGUCAUGGGAUUAGGCUGGUUGGCUCACCGCAUCUUGCCCUACCUUAUGCACCUCGCGUCUCGAUUAGAGCCCGCUGCAUGCGCGCAAAACAUAACCGAACAAUCCCCUUUCUGUCAGAUUAUGGAUUCGCAAAGAAGCUGUGGCAAGCCAUCAUUGGUAAGCUGCAGCAGUAUUACCACCAUGCCUCUGUCUAGGUCGGUCGAAUUCAUUUGCCUCACAGUUAGCCCCUCUUGGAGCCGCAUCUCAACGUCGAGAGAUGAAGGAGUGACGUUGAAGAGGCUGAAAAGACAAGCGAGCUCCCUUUUCCCUUUUCAGUCUUCUCAUUUUCCCCAGCCAACUCAAGGGGAGCUUACGAGGCAGUGCACGCCGCCGAAUUUCAUAUGUCAGCCCCAGUUUGUUUCCCAAUGAUUUGGGCACUGGCCCGUCUGACAAUACCGUUCGGUCGUUGAUCCUGGUCUCACAACGGUCGCUCCCGCCCCUGCCAUAUUAUGUAAUCCUAUCACCUUAUCUUAUCGUCGCAGCUACAGAUAGCCUACCUAAGGUACCUAAGGUGAAGCACGUACC